GGCUGGCGGGGAGGGUUGUGAGGCCGGGCUCUCCUUGCAUGGCUCAUUUCCGGGCGGCGGCUGCAAACGGCUGGCGCCCCCUCCCCACGGCAGGGGACUGCUGCCCUUUAGUCGGGUGCGUCUAGCUCCGACUGCAUCGCUGGCUGCCUGCUAGGGCCAGUUUCCCAUCUCGGAGGUGCUGGCGCCCUUGUAGCCGAAGGGGCUGGUGGAGGCCUGUCGUGGUGGUGUUUUUAUGUCAGGUCAAAGGGCCGAGGGCCUGGCCCAGUCACUGGGCUUCGCCAUCGGCCCGGCCCCGCCUGUGCGUUGGAACUCUUCCUACCCAGCAGCAUCGAGGGGCAGCCCCAGUGAUCGAGCUGAGCUUUUGCCACGGGGCGGCCGCUUCCCGCCAAGGGGCUCGCCUUUGCCGCCGGUGCGGUGUGCUUCGGCUUGGCGCACACCCCGCGGGGGAAAUUCAUCGUGUAGCGCCAGUCUUGCACCUGAGAGCGAGAAGGCAGCACCUCGGCCCGGCCUCCUGUCCGCCCGUAAUGAUGCCCAAAGGCCCCGCUGAGGAAAGUGUGUGUGAGACGCGAAGGGACACAGAGCCCCCCAGCCUGCCUGGACCGGCAACGUGCACAGCUGCUCUUCCAUGGGCGGAGAUGCUUGCAGGCCCGACAGACCGCUUGCUGUGGCGUGGCAGGGCAAGGCCAGCCGAGCUGCCCGCCCCCUCCUCUGAGGCCAGGGCCUGUGGAUCAGGGCCGGGGACAUGGCGCCCCGCGUCCUCCCACUACCUGCCGGCUCCCUCGGCCGUGGGUCACUCUCGUUUGCUAGGCGCGUCUCAGUCGCGGAGGGGCUCCGAAGGGGGCAGACUGCCUGCGGCGAGAAGCGCCCCAUACCGAAGUCCCCGCCUCCGCGUCCCCGCCCUUCCUGUGGGCGGAGUGAAGCGGUCCUCUCCUCCCCCUCCCGGCCAUGGCGCGCCGCCCGGUGACCGGGACGGCGGCGGCAGGAGCGGCAGGGGUGAUGGUGCGCCCUCAGCCGUGCGCCCUGGCGGCGGCGGCGGCGCUGGCCGUGUUGUGCGCCUUCUACUACGCGGGCUCCGGCGGGGUAGGCCCCGCGCGCACUAGCGCCCCGCCGCUUCCCGUGGCCGUGGCCGUCGGGGAGAGCAAGGCCAAGGCGGGCGAGGAGCUGCUGGCGGCGGCGCUGCCCCCGGCGGGCGAGGCGGAGCUGCACGUGCUGUUGGUGCUGGCCAAGGCGGAGCGCAACGCAGCGCUGCGGGCCAAGGCGGAGGGGGCGCUGCGCUCGCUCGUGCGCUUCGGCAAGCUGGGCCCUCGGCAGGCCCUCGUCCUCCACCUGCUCAGCGACGCCGCCAGCAAGAGCCUCGGCAAGGCGCUCCUCCGCGACGCCCUCCGCCAGGCCCCCUUCAAGUACAAGAUAGUCUUCCAUGACGUGGAUGUUCUGACAGAGAAGCUGCUCCCAGUCGUGGAGACCAUGCAGAGGCUGUUCAGCGCAGGCUCCGGCACCUACUACAGCGAUUCCAUCUUCUUCCUCUCUCUGGCCAUGCACCGGGUCAUGCCUAAAGAGAUUUCACGGAUCAUUCAGGUGGACCUAGAUGUGGAAUACAGGACCAACAUCCGGGAACUGUUUGAAGAAUUCGACAACUUCCCAGAAGGAGCUGUUAUUGGCAUUGCCCAUGAGAUGCAGCCGGUCUAUCGACAUAUCUUGUGGCAGUACCGGAAAGAGCACCCGGGGACCAGAGUGGGAGAGCCUCCCCCAGACGGGAUGCCCGGCUUCAACAGUGGCGUUUUACUGCUAGACCUGGAGGCUAUGCGCCACUCAGAUCUCUACAACCGCCUGCUAGAUCCGGGAGCCAUCCAGCAGCUGGCCAACAAGUUCCACUUCAAGGGCCACUUGGGGGACCAGGACUUCUUCUCCCUGGUGGGCAUGGAGCACCCAGAGCUCUUCCACAUUCUGGAUUGCACCUGGAACCGGCAGCUGUGCACGUGGUGGCGUGAGCAUGGCUACAGCGAGAUCUUUGACCGCUACUUCCGGUGUGAUGGCCACAUCAAGAUCUAUCAUGGCAACUGCAACACGCCCAUCCCAGAGGAGUAGCCACUGCCACUGCUGUUGCCACCCACGGCAGAGGGACUGUGGGGGUACCUGGCUGGUGAGCUGAAGUUUAGGGGAAGCGUGAGGGUCUUGGGCUGGGCUGUGGCUCCUACAGGCCGGCUGUGAGUGGCUCUUCCAGGAACAGCCCCCCUUGGUAGGCAAGUGGGAACCCUUGAGGGGCUUCCAGCCAGGAUAGCCCUCCAACACUGGAUUGCCACAAGAUGGUUGGCUGGUCGGGGGGGGGGCUUGCCAAUCUUUUUUCCCCUCUCUAGCAGAUGGGUGUCACGGGUUGGGCCCCAGAGACUCCAUGGAGAGUGAGGGAGGUGAACAGCCGUCCUCUCUGGGCAUCUGCGCUGAAGCUUCUUGGGGACCAGGCCACCUUCCUCGGGCUGUGAGUGCUUCCUCCCGUCCACAGAAGAGCCCGAGGGAUGUUCUGCAGUCAGAUCAUCAUCUUGUCUCAGAGUGGCCAGCCAGGUGCCUAUUAGGGAAAGCCCACAAGCAGCACUCGAGCGCAACGGCAGCUCUCCUCUCCGCGGUUUCCAGCACCUGGGAUUCAGAAGCAUCUUGACUCUGAAAUCACAGCCUGCAAUGCACAUGAAGGAGCUGCGCUCCCAAAGCAACGUCGUUUCUUGUGGACCAAACCUGGAUGCUAAAGGGACCGCCUGCUCCCUUCUCUGCCCCUUUUUGCCAGACUCCCCAGCCUUCUCCUCCUGCGUCUUCGCAUCAAAGUUGGGGGCAAAAAGGCUCAUUUUGGUACCUCUACCUUGAACCUUUGGGGCUGGCCUGAAGGCGCCAGUUGCGCGAGGGAAGCGCCUGCUGAGCUUUGGCUGGGCUGAGGGGAGACUUCGCCACGUGGCUUGUCCUGAUGUUCAGCCUCUGGCUGUCGGGGGCAGGAGGCCUAGAUGGAAGGGGGCUCUGUACAUUCACCGCGUGGCAGCCCCUUCCGGGGGGGGGAAGAAUUAAACGCAUUCCAAGACAACUUGACUCUCAUCUGGGGAGGGACCGGGGGGAAAAUGCGCUGCGGGGAUCCUGCCACAGGUCGUCCCUCUAACUUGGUUUUUGGAAGAUCAUGGGAAAAUUCAGAAGGGGAGGGACUGUGGCUCAGUGGCAGAGCCCCUGUUCUGUGUGAAGAAGGUCCCAGGUUCAGCCCCCAGCAGCAUCGCCCAUUAAAAGGAUUUGAUUGAUUGAUUUGAUUUAUAUCCCACCCUUUCUCCCAGUAGGAGCCUGGAAGCAGAUGGUGGAGAAAGGUGGAAGAGUUGGCAGGUGGUCGACUUGGGCUAGAUCAGGGCAAGGGAGGGUCUCUGGUCUCCACAGGUUGUUGGACCGCAGCUCCCAGCAGCACACCCCGUUCUCAGGGAUGAUGGGAGUUGUAGUCCGGGAGGGCCGGGGGCUCCCCACCACUAGAUGAACCAAGCACCUCCCCUGGUCUGAACCAGCUUCCUGGGCAUUGACUUGCCACCGUUGAGCAGGGGAGCC